AUUUUAUUUGAUAAAUUGUCGUAGUGAAGACGACAGAUAUGCUGCGGCAAUUUUUAAUAACGGCGCUUAUUAGCGUCUGUAUUGGAUCAGUUUACUCACAAUCGGAUACAAAUUAUAGGUUAAAUACAACUAUUGUACCUUCAGCUUAUUCUAUAUUAAUCACUCCGUACUUUGAUACUGGCGACAAUAGAGCGUUUACUUUCGAUGGAGUAGUCUCCAUAACCUUCGUACCUGGAUCCAAUACUGAUAUUGUUUUACUACAUUCUCAAGACUUGAACUUUACCGCUGCAAAUAUUUCUUUAACAAAUGGUCAAAAUACCGUCGCACUUCGCGAAGAAUCACCUUUGAUUAUAGAUGAUAUUUAUAAUUUUGCGGUGAUACAUUUACAAAAUGAGAUUUCGGCUGGCGUGGAGUAUGUCUUGACGAUAUCAUACCAAGGACCUAUAAGAACUGAUCUGAACGGCUUCUACAGAAACUACUACAUCGAGAACGGGGUUAGAAAAUGGCUUGGUGCUACUCAGAUGGAACCCACACAUGCCAGGAAGGUGUUCCCUUGUUUCGACGAACCAGACUUGAAGGCAGUGUUCUCACUCACCAUCGACAGGCCUGAAAAUUAUAAACCAACUUUAGCCAAUACGAAGCUGCAAAGUUCAGUCACAUUGGCAAAUGGUUACGUACGGGAAACAUUCUAUCCCACACCAAGAAUGUCCACGUAUUUGGUUGCAUUCUUGGUGUCAGAAUUUGAAGCUGGUAAUUCUCUUGUUCUUGGUGAUAACGAAUUCGGAGUAUACAGUAGGCCAGAAGCCACGAAUCAAAGUCAAUACGCUUUUGAUUUCGGUCAAAGAGUCGUGAGGGAACUCGGCACGUACUUCGGAAUCGAUUAUUAUUCUACGAAUGCCAAUUUAAAACUCGAUCACAUUGCGUUACCUGAUUUUAGAGCUGGUGCUAUGGAAAACUGGGGAUUAGUCAAAUACAGGGAAGCUUUGCUGUUGUAUGUACCGGAAGAAUCGACGCCGUAUUACAAGUAUAGAGUGGCACAAAUAGUGGCACACGAAACCACGCACAUGUGGUUCGGUAACCUUGUAACCUGUCACUGGUGGAGUAACACUUGGUUGAACGAAGGUUUUGCCAAUUAUUUCCAAGAUUAUAUAACCAGUCUGGUUGAACCAGAAUUAGGAUCUGCUGAUAUGCUCGUUAUAAGUUCGGUGUAUUCUGCGUAUGACGCUGAUAGCGAUCCAGAUUCCGCACCAAUCACAAACAACAAUGUCAACUCUCCAGCUGAAAUAUCCGGCCAUUUCGGAACUAUUUCCUAUCAGAAGGCUGGCUCAGUGAUUAGAAUGAUGCACCACUUGAUUGGUGAUGACGCUUUUAGGCAUGGAUUAAAUAGUUAUCUUACGGCCAAUCAAUUUGACUCCGGUUAUCCAGAAAGACUUUACUCGGCACUCACUCAAGGUGUGGACAAUUUUAAUUCAUUAUCCGACUACGCUGAUAUAAAUUUCACAAGUAUUAUGGAAUCUUGGAUAACGCAAUCAGGUUUUCCAGUUGUCCAAGUUGAUGUUAAUGGAGAAGAAUCUACGAUUACUUUAACUCAGAAACGGUUCUUCCUCGACUCAGGCCAUACGUCGGAUAACAUCUACAAAAUACCAAUCACCUACACACUUGAUACUAACUUCGAUUUUACAAAUACUAAGCCAGCGUUUAUAAUGGAGAACAGAACUCACGUCUUGUAUAUAAAUGAAAUAGGAAAUAAUCACUCUACGCCCAUCUUUAACAUUCAAGAGACUGGUCUAUACAGGGUCAAUUACGACAGUCACACUUGGCACCAUAUUGCUGAACUCUUAAACGGAAACAGACGUGAAGAAAUUCAUUAUCUCAACCGCGCUAAGAUCGUUAACGACCUAUUUGCGUUCCUGUUUGCUGAUGAAGUAAAAUUCGAACUUCUCAAUGACGUGCUACGGUUCUUGGAAAAUGAAACUAACUACGCUGUAUGGACAGCAGCUAUUCGUGGCUUUAACAGAUUGAGGAGACACUAUUUAGGUUCCGAUACCUUAGCACUUAUUGAUGAAUUAGCACUGAACUUAACGGAAAACGCUAUUAAUACUUUAGGCUACGAAGUACGUGAUAAUGACGAUUUCGUCACACUUGAAACAAGAAUGAUUUUGUUAGUGUUCGCAUGUAAGCUCGGACAUCAAGGAUGUGUAAAUAAUUCGGUCGCGCUAUUCCAAGCCUUUAAAAAUAAUGGAACAUGGAUUCACCCAAGUCUCAGAGAAGCUGCAUAUUGUAUGGGUCUCAAACAUGGCAAUGGAGAUGAUUACGAUUUCCUUUGGAACAGAUUGGUUACAACUAAUGUAGCCAAUGAAGGGAGACUUAUCAGUGAAAUAUUAGGCUGCACUAAUGUUGAAGAAAAACUUAGAAGCUACUUAGUUUCGAUGCUUCUCGAAGACAGUCCCAUAAAGACUCAGGAUCUUACGGUACCCUUGAGCAGUGUUUUAACGGAAUAUAGCAAUCUAGAUGUUGUCCUUGAUGCUCUGAAACAAAAUGUGUCACUAUGGAAAUCAAUUUACCCGUCAUUCGACACUACACUUUCAACUAUCGCAUCCGCUAUGCACACGACGGAAGAAUUUGAUGCUUAUGACGCCUGGUUGUCGUCGUGUACCGAUUGCGGUGCCUCUGCGGUGGAAGCCGCUAGAAGAGCUCUGGAUUUGGCCCUGGAAGAGGUAGACUGGGCUGAAAGACACAGAAGCGACAUAUGGAGCAGCCUGAGCAACGAUGCCAGAGCAAUCGCAGCUUCCCUAUUGUUACUAAUUUUAGGCGUUAUUACCCUGGCAUUCUAAGCCAUGAUACUAACGUAUUGUUAGUUUUAUUGGUUGACAUCAUUUGUUUUAAGUUUAUUAUCGAAUACUUUAUUAAUGUUUUAAUAAGUACUAUCGUUAUUUUGCAUAUGUUUACUUUUGUUUUAUUAUAUAGUAUAAUUUUAUAUUAAAUUUUAAGAAGAGAUCCCAUUCCACUGAAAUCUAAUAUUGAAAGUAUGAUGUCAUAUGAAUAAAUUGUUUUAAUGAAUUGUU